GCCAAUAUUAUCUCUAACACCAAUAUUGCCUCUAACACCAAUAAUAUUACUCUUAAAACCAAUGAUAUUAUUCCUGAAACCAAUAAUGACACCUUAUCAAAUAGCAGGCUUGUUCUUGCAA